AUGCCGAGCACGAAAAGGGGGGGGAAGAGAGGGAACUCUGGCGCGGGCAGGACAAGAGGUGGUCGACGCAAUCCAGGUUUAGAUACCUCUUUUGUACCAUUCUCCAAUACUGCUGCGCCACGCAGAGAUCAUAAUGGCUUCACGCUACAAGAUGAAGCUCGAAAUACUGAACGGCACCAUUCGUUCUGGAAUACAGAUCAGAGAUUGCGGGACUCACAGGUUACCUUUGUGAGCGCUGGAACUCUCGAUUCUACGAAGCCCAAAGAUACAGAAGCUGCUCUUGCAGAGAUGACCCUCGAUUCACCCAAGGACUUCGACAAGAUCGAGGUGUUUGAAGAGGAGGAGGAGAACGAGCAUGUAGAGGACACGAUGAUGAGUUCAGACCAUCGACCAAUCCAGCAACACGACAAAUCACCAUUAGAGGAUUCAAAAUUCAAUUACAUCGUCGAUGUGCACGGUAGUGAGCCGGUUCAAACUGGGAUACCCCCACCACGACUACGUUCUGUAUCUCCUGUGCCCUCGAACUCCAGCGAAGAAAUCAUCCUGUAUGCAGGUAGAGAUCGACAGGGCCGAGGCAUAUCAAGAGUUUCCAGCGCCCCAAGGACGGUCGCAGAUCCUAUUGAACAGAAAAUCCGAAGGGUAGAAGACGAAAUACACAAGCGGGAGGAAAUGUUGGAAGAGGUUCUCCGUCACGGUGCUACUCCUCCUGUACUACCAAAUAUGGCCAGCAGCUCAUCCAUAAAGGAUGUUCGUCCGAAGCAUCAACGUCGAGGUCGUCGUAAUCAUUCGCGUUCAGAAGACUCCGAAGAAGCGGCUCUAAUUGCAGACUACAUUGCAAAUAUUGACAAGGAUGACCGGGUCCCCAAGUCCUUCGCUCAACGCGAAUUGGGUGGGACAGAAGACGAGGUGUGGCAGGAUACUGAAGCCUCGUCGGGAGAACCUAUUCAGAAAUCAGAGUCGGUGCUUCAUGGCGAUUGGGAUCGUGCCGACAUUUGUGACUUCGAUGACCUGAGCACUUCUGAUGGAGUCAUGGGAGAUGUACAGCAGAUCUUGUCUAAAAGAGACCGAGAAUCUGGCGUUCAAUACCUCGUCGUGUGGCAAGACCAGACUGUGGAUGAAGCUAGAUGGGUUCCGACUACCACCCUCACGAGUGUGAACGCAUUGUCACAUAUUGAAACUUUCGAGGCAGAAGAAAAGCUUGUGGCUGAGUUCACAGGUGCUACUGAAGAGGAUAGUGGCGAUUCUGACGACCUUGACAUUGACGAUGAGGACGGUGACGACCUUGCAGAUGAUGAAGAUCUGUUGCUGCAAAAGAUUGAGAGAAUGAGUGACGAGAAGAUUGCAAGACUUCUAGCCAAGCAAGAAGAAUUGGGCAUGGGUUCUAGUAAGCUGAUACUUUUCGAUGACGACGAUGAGGACGAUGGAGACGACGACGACGACAUCCCCACCUUUUCAAACACGUUCAGUCCGGUCAUGCUCUCCUCGAAGAAGAGUGCUGGUAGAGGUCGUGGAUCCAAACGGCCCAAGGGCGAAUUUCCUUCCGCAACUAUGAUGGCUGAUGCUUUUGAUGGUUUUGAUGUCAUGGACUUCGAUCGUCCCAGUCUGAAGAAAAGACCAAAGGGCCGCAAAGGCAAAUUUGUUCCUGCUAUAUCAGAUUCUGAGCUCGAGGCAUCAAUGGAGAUGGCCUGGGAGAAUGAUCGCUUAAAGAAGAAAGACAGGAAGCAAGAACGAGAGGAGCUACGCGCUCAAGGUCUACUUGGGAGCAAGAGUGGCAAGCCUGAUCUCAAGCAGAAGUACAAGGAAGGGAUGGACCUUCUCGCUGUGAGAGAGGAGAUCAAGAAAUUCUUGAUGGGAAAUAAUAUAACACUGUCUCUACCACCGAUGGACAAAGCAAAUCGCAAAGCAGUUCAUGAAUUAGCCAUUGCUCUCCAGCUGAAAUCAAAGUCGGCAGGAAACGGCACCACUCGCUUCCCUAUCUUGUACAAGACCGCACGAACAACAGCGUUUGCAGAGCAUGCAUACAACGCAGCUGAAGCUCGUUUGACUCGUCGCUACCUCCCACGAAUGGACGUGAGCAGCAGGAGCUCUGGUGUGAAACGGGCUCGUGGAGGCGGAUUCAAUAGUGGUGCUGUCAGUUAUAGAGAUGGUGAUAUUGUCGGUGGCUCUGCACCUGAAUUGGGGGCCGGAAACAGAGGUCGCGCUAUGCUCGAGAAGAUGGGUUGGAGCUCAGGUACGGCUCUUGGUGCUCUGAACAAUAAGGGUAUUCUGCAGCCAGUCUCCCAUGUUGUCAAAACAACCAAGGCCGGUUUGGGUUAA